UCCACAAUCAUGGCCGACGAUGGAGAUUCAACUCCUGAUAAGAACGUGAAAAACAAGAUCCUCUGCGACGUGUAAAUAAUCAUUUGAAGUAUCUCUUAUAUGCAUCACUGUGUGUUCACAACUCCACAGGACAAAGAGUGAGAUUAUGUAGUUUUCUGGAGGAGUUACUGACACACCACCUUGCACUAUGGAUGUUAAAGUCAGUUUGUACAGAUUUGACUCUCCGCACAGAGACAGUGCGGCCAGGAAGAUCCAGAGAUUCUGGAGGUCUUGCAGAGACAAGAACCUGUUCCAACUGCUGCUACACACAGUUCGGAAGGCGGAGAGCUGUCCGACUUCUGCCGUGCUCCGGCAGAUCAACCCACAGGAGGCUCAGCUGCUCACAGACCCCAACAGACAGAGCAAGGUGCGCUUCAGGUUCAGUGGUCCCCAGUUCCCUCCUCACAUCGUCUUCAAGAUCUUCCAGGCCAGCAGAGGACAGUGCUACAUUUCUGGGAAGAAAACCUUUAAAUCCACCAAUGAGGCUACGACCCAGGCCUGUAGGAUCAUGGGAAACAGGAAGUUCCUGUCUCUGCUGCUAUCGGAUGAGGAGCAGAGGGGGCGUGGUCAAAUUGUAGCGGACGCCAGCGAUGUGGUGUGCAUGAGGGACUACAUGCAGUACUCGAGCCAUCUUGAUGAGCUGCCUGCGUACCUUGGUGGCCGUAGCAACGGCUGGCGCCUGCUGACCCUGGGUCCUCGCUCCAGCACCACCUACACACACACACACUCGUGCCGCUCUCCACCAGAGGGGGCGCUAUUCUCCUCCCGCUGCUCUCCAACCUGCCAGCUGCACUCCCAGCGUUCUACAGCCGUGCAGUUCCACUGUUCACCAGCAGGGACCACCGCGGCCGAUCGCAGCGUGUGCAUCUGCCACACGCCAAUGGUCAACGCAGAGGCCCGCCUCCCAGGGAGACGUUCGGGAGACGGCAGGUCGCCCGUUGCCCCUCCCACGUCUCGUCAGCUGUCGGCCUCAUCGCCCGCAGCAUCACGACUGUCGUCAAGGAGAUCCAGAGCAUUCCACAGAGCCAUGAGCCGGAAGAUGAAGAAGCUGUACAUCACAGGAGAACAGAAUCCUGAGGCACGCGUGAAGCAGGAUAGAUCAGCCGUCAUCAUCCCGCCCCCUGCAUCCCUACUGGCUGAGGAGGACCAGGAGGCGGGCUUUACCACAAGCCCCUUCCCCCUGUCAGACGAAUCGGAGUGGGAGGACGACGAGGAAGUGGUCCAGCUCUGUGAUUGGUCACAGAAUUUGGGGGAGGAGCUUGAGGAAAACAUAGAGCCAAAAGCUGAUGACUAGAGUCUCAUUGGCUACAGUGUAACUGCUAUUUAUUAAGGAACGCAAAAUAACGCUACUUUUAAAAAAACACAAAAUAAUGCCUCUUUCAUCAUUAGGCCGAAGGCACCUUAUCCUGAAUGCCAUUUGAUGUGAAAUAUGUGAAAUAAUAAACA